AUGGCCCGGCCGAUGUCUUUCCACAUCUUAGUCAGGAGAGAAUUUCAGACCCCAUGGUGCAACGAACUUAAAGCUCGAACAGCGGAGAAACAGUGGACAGUGACGCUCUCCGACAUAGCCGAAUGGCCAGAAAACCAUACCGUUGAUGAGUUUAGACUACGUACCGGACACGAUUGCUUGGCCAAACUCACAAAUUGGGAUUAUACACUCAACCCACAUGCCCUCCAUGUAACGGAUUAG